AUGGGUGGCAUCAGAAUUGCAAUCGAUCGAGGUGGAACAUUCACGGACGUCUAUGCCCACUGUCCAGACCAAGAGAUUGUACUCAAACUGCUCUCUGUCGACCCGGCCAACUACGAAGAUGCUCCCACUGAGGGAAUUCGACGAAUUCUCGAGAAGGCCAUCGGAAAGAAGAUCCCCAAGGGCGAGCCUAUUGAUUUGAGUGAGGUUGAGAGUGUGAGAAUGGGAACCACUGUGGCAACGAAUGCUCUGCUGGAACGAAAGGGUGACAGAGUGGCGUUUCUCGUGACAAAGGGGUUUGGGGAUAUUCUCACCAUUGGCCAACAGGCUCGACCCAACAUCUUCGAUCUGUCUGUCAAGAAGCUCAAAAAGUUAUACGAGGUUGUGUACGAAGUGGACGAGAGAGUCGUGCCGGACGCUGCAGGUGAGGUAACUGGAGAUACCGGAGAGAAGUACCACGUCUUCCAGACUCCCGACAAGGCUGUUGUGGUUGCAGAGCUCGAGAAGAUCAAGGCUUCAGGAAUCGAUUCGCUUGCUAUCGCCUUCAUGCAUGGUUACUCCUUCACAGAGCAUGAGGAGAUGGUUGCCAAGUGGGCUCGUGAUAUCGGAUUCGAGGUGUCAGUGUCGCAUGAGCUGCAGCCCCAGAUCAAGCUGGUUUCGCGUGCUAACUCUGCUACAGCCUCUGCCUACCUGUCUCCGACCACAAGACGAUACAUCACUCAAUUCGGCAAGGGUUUCAAGGGAGGUCUCGAUGAGGUUGGACGAAAACUUCUGUUCAUGCAGAGUGACGGUGGUUUGACCCACUGGAACCAAUUCUCCGGCUUGAAAGCCAUUCUGUCAGGUCCUGCUGGUGGUGUUGUUGGCUUCAGUCGAACUGCAUAUGACGAUUCUCAGAAGCCCAACCCCAAACCUGUUCUCGGCUUUGAUAUGGGCGGUACUUCUACUGAUGUUUCUAGAUAUGCCGGAACUCUUCCUCACAUUUUUGAAACCACUACCGCCCAGGUUACCAUCCAGUCUCCUCAGCUGGAUAUAUCUACAGUGGCAGCUGGUGGCGGAUCUAUUCUCUUCUGGCGAAACGGACUCUUCGCAGUGGGACCGGAGAGUGCUUCAGCACAUCCAGGACCCGCUUGUUACCGAAAGGGAGGUCCUCUGACAGUCACAGAUGCCAACCUGUUCCUCGGUCGACUAGUUGUUUCUCAGUUCCCCAACAUUUUUGGACCUAAUGAGAACGAGCCUUUGGACUCAGAGAUUGUUAAGAAAAAAUUCCAAGAGCUCACAGACGAGAUCAACAAGGAUCAGGGUUCCGAUCUGACUCCUCAUAAUGUCGCUCUCGGAUUCCUGCAGGUAGCCAAUGAGACCAUGUGCAGACCUAUCCGAUCUCUCACUGAGGGUAAGGGUUAUAUCACUUCUGGUCAUGAUCUAUGCUCUUUUGGAGGGGCUGGAGGGCAGCAUGCUUGUGACGUUGCACAGUCUCUUGGAAUCUCGCGAGUCGUGAUUCCCAAGUACUCUUCAAUUCUUUCUGCUUACGGAAUGGCUCUUGCGGAUGUUGUUGUGGAUACACAGCAACCCGCUGAUGCUAUUCUGGGCGACACAGCUCUCGGUGAAUUGAAGGAGAGACUUAGUGUUCUUGCUAAGGAAGCUACUGCCACACUUAUGAGCCAGGGAUUCACAGAGGGCGAUGUGGAGUGCGAGAAAUACCUCAAUUUGCGAUACAGAGGAAGCGAGUCUCUUAUGAUGGUUGCCCAGCAGGGUGAGGGGGAUUAUACCUCUUUCGCGAAGCAGUUUACUGAGCUCCACAAGCAGGAGUUUGGUUUCACACUUGACCGCGAUAUUCUUGUGGCCGAUGUGCGAGUCCGAGCAGUUGGAAAGACCGGUUACAAUCCUGAGCACCCCAUCCAGGAGCUUACCAAGGCCAAGAGCAACGGUGUGACUACCCCCAAGGCCACUAAUACCCAGAAGGUGUACUUUGACGAAUCGUGGCACGACUGCUGUGUGUUCAAGAUUGCUGAUCUUCAGACUGGCGACCAGGUUGCAGGCCCUGCUCUCAUCAUUGACGCGACCCAGACUCUGGUGGUCGCCUCCAAUGGCAAAGCCACUGUCUUGGACAACCAUGUGAUAAUUGAGCUGGAUGAAACCGUCAAGGAGAUUGAUUCUGGAGACCAUAUCGAUCUUGUGGAAUUGUCCAUCUUCUCCCAUCGAUUCAUGUCCAUUGCUGAGCAGAUGGGCCAGACGCUGCAGAAGACUGCCAUAUCUACAAACAUCAAGGAGCGGCUGGAUUUCUCGUGUGCCCUGUUCGACCAGGAUGGUGAUCUUGUUGCCAACGCUCCUCAUAUCCCUGUCCACCUGGGAUCAAUGAGCUCGGCCGUGCGAUACCAGGUUGAGCACUGGAAGGGUGAUCUCCACGAAGGAGAUGUUCUGGUUUGCAAUCACCCUGCUUACGGAGGGUCUCAUCUUCCAGACAUCACAGUUGUGACUCCCGUGUUUGAUGAGACGGGCAAGGUUGCUUUCUUCUGCGCUUCCCGUGGCCACCAUUCCGACAUCGGAGGUAUCUCUGCUGGCUCUAUGCCUCCAUUCUCCAAGGAGUUGUGGGAAGAGGGAGCCACUAUCCAGGCUUUCAAGGUCGUCUCCAAGGGCAAAUAUGACGAAGCCGGAAUGGUUCGUCUGCUAUUUGACGAGCCUUCCAAGUAUCCGGGUUGUGAGGGAUCUCGGUCUCUUCAGGACUCUCUUAGUGAUCUACAGGCUCAAAUCGCUGCCAACAACAAGGGUAUUCGUCUGAUUGAGGCUCUGAUUGAGGACUUCGGUCUCAACGUCGUCCAGAAGUACAUGAAGGCCAUUCAGCAGAAUGCCGAAGAGGCUGUUCGAAAGCUUCUUAUCGGAGCUCGAGAGAAGAGGGAGACCACCGUGUUCACCGCACGUGACCAGCUUGACGAGGGAACUCCCAUUGUUCUCACCAUCACGAUCGCGGACGAUGGAUCUGCCAGAUUCGACUUCUCUGGGACUGGUCCUCAGGUGUACGGCAACCUGAAUGCACCCAAGAGUGUCACAUACAGUGCCAUUCUGUACGUUCUGCGAUCUCUCAUUGAUGCUGACAUUCCCCUCAAUGGUGGUUGUCUUAAACCCAUUGAAAUUUUUAUCCCCAACAACACAGUGCUGGCUCCUUCCGCUGAUGCUGCCACUGUUGGAGGUAAUGUCGAGACUUCUCAGCGAGUUACCGACGUUGUUCUGAAGGCAUUCGAGGCCAUGGGCGCUUCCCAGGGUACCUGUAACAACUUAACCUUUGGUAUUUCCCCUCAGAUGCUGAAGGACAAGGAAUGUACUGCCACCGAGACCUUUGGUUACUACGAGACCAUUGCUGGAGGAGCGGGUGCUGGUCCCACUUGGAAUGGUCAGAGUGGUGUUCAGGUGCACAUGACCAACACCCGGUCCACAGAUCCUGAGAUCUUCGAGAAACGAUACCCCGCUAUCCUCCGCGAGUUCAGUGUUCGACGUGGAAGUGGAGGAGCUGGAGAGUUCACCGGAGGAAACGGUGUUGUUCGUGACAUCCAGUUCACUCAACCUGUCCAAUGCAGCAUUUUGUCUGAACGUCGAUCUUCAGCACCUUAUGGGAUGAAGGGUGGCGAGUCUGGCAAACCCGGUAUGAAUCUGUGGGUUCGAAAGAACGGUACAACUGCCACUCUUGGAGGUAAGAAUACGGUUCGGAUGUCUCCUGGUGAGCGAAUUAUCAUCCAGACCCCUGGUGGAGGUGGAUAUGGCCAUGUCAAGGAGGACAAGUCUUCCAAGGCCGAGGAAGCUCAGAAAUCCGAGACCCACUCCUUCAUCCCUCGAGCGUCAGGGUCUAUCCAUGAGCGUGCCGCUGCCCAGGGGGCUCUUUGA